GCAGCCAUGGCAGUCUCCCUUAAACUGAGAUACUUCAUUUCGUUUUUGUAAGUUCUUUGGCACGCAGACUCAGUCCACAUUCCUAUAAGAUCAAUGUCAUCAACCUCUUUCUCUUCUUCGCGUCGUUCUGACUCGACAUGGACCCCUGAGCAAAACAAGCAAUUUGAGAGGGCGCUGGCUGUUUAUGACACGGACGCUCCAGACCGAUGGAUAAAUGUGGCCAGGGCUGUAGAUGGAAAGUCCCCCGAGGAAGUCAAGAGACACUACGAUCGCCUGGUGCAGGAUCUCAUGUAUAUAGAAUCUGGCCAGUUCCCACUGCCCAAUUACAAGCCCACCACUGGAACCAACUGCAUAGGAAUCACUGAUGGACGAAGGCUGAUGAAGAAUCUGAAGCUUUAAAGAGACGGAAGUAGGAGAAAUGUUUGCCAGAAGAUGUGCACAAAAGCAUAUGCGCUCACUUGUAAAAAAUAUCUGAAUUAAUGCUCGUGGUUUUACUGUUGUUGAUACUAAGCUAAUAUUUACGAGCCGCUGCAUGUGUUUUUGGGCCCGACCCCCCCACCUUAAUUUUGUAAUAAAUUUUCUAAAGUUUAUCUUUCAUGAUUUUCUCUUCGUAAUAAAUUUUCCAGGUGAA